AUGUCGUCAUCCAUAACAAUAUCCACUGGUAUCGAAAUGAUCCUCUCAGCAGAUGCCUCCAGAUUGGUAUAUAGUGGUAUAGCUCCAGUGGAAUUCCUAAGAUUCAAUGACGGUGAAUUGUUAAACCCUUGCCGCUGCGAUGGGUCAGUACGAUACACACAUCAGCUUUGCCUGUUAAAGUGGAUAAGUGAAAGAGGGUCAUGGACCUGUGAACUCUGCUGUUACAGAUACCAUGUUAUAGCCAUUAAAAUGAAAAGGCCUUGCCAGUGGCAAAGCAUUACUAUAACACUGGUUGAGAAAGUGCAGAUGGUUGCUGUAAUCCUAGGAUCUCUGUUCUUAGUAGCAAGUGUGACUUGGCUUCUAUGGUCAGCCUUCAGCCCUUAUGCAGUAUGGCAAAGAAAGGACAUCCUUUUUCAAAUCUGCUAUGGAAUGUAUGGUUUUAUGGAUCUAGUAUGCAUAGGACUGAUAGUACAUGAAGGUGCAUCUGUUUAUCGAGUGUUUAAGCGCUGGAGGGCUGUGAAUCUACACUGGGAUGUGUUAAAUUAUGAUAAAGCCACGGACAUAGAGGAGAGCAAUCGAGGAGAAUCCUCAGCAGGAAGGACAUUGUGGUUACCACUGACUGCAUUUAGAAACAGAAGUUUGGUUCAUCCAACACAGUUAACCUCACCAAGAUUUCAGUGUGGCUAUGUGUUGUUACAUCUGUUCAACCGCAUGAGACCUCAGGAAGAUUCAUCAGAGGAUAACUGCUCUGGGGAAGUAGUGAUGAGAGUUACCUCAGUGUAAAGAUUAUGCUCACUGUGCUACACAGAUAAGGAUAAUGUGCCCUGGUGUUACAGGACUUUGGAAUGUAGUUAUGAUGAAUGGGGAAACCAUUAACACUUGAAAAAAUAUAUACACUUUUUUAAAAAAUUUAAUGCUUUUUAUAUGAUCAGAUAAAACACAAAUACAUUUUUCUGGGGAAAAAAAAAGUCUCUUGCUUUUUAUACAGUCUGAUUUAUUGGAUCUUUUCUCACUUUGUACCUGAGGUGUAUAUAACAUAACUUAACUCUUAGGUCUUUGAAUGAUGAAGAAAUUAAUUUUUAAGUAAAAAGAUAUAUUUAAAUGUAUUUUCUUAAACUCUGGCUUUAAUCCACUACUGUUAUUUUUUUCACUUUCACGAGGAUUAAACUGGACAAUGUUCUUCCAAAAAGAAGGAGAAUGUUGACACAAGUCAAGUA